AAGCAGUGGUUGUGGUUGUUGGUAUGAUUGUGGUUAUUGGUAAAGCAGUGGUUGCGCAUGGUUUUGUAGUUUUGGCGGCGGGAGAUUUCGCAAUGGUCUACGAACGUGGUGAUUAUGAUGCUUGCUUUGAUGAUGAAAUUUGGGGCGAUGUCCAUCAACAAUUGCAAGG